AUGAAGGGAGGGAGGGAGGGAGGGAGGCAGGGCCACUGCAUCAUCUUCGUGCCCGGCCUGCCGAAGACGCCGACGCCUGAGUUCGAGGAUGCUCUUCUGGGCGUUUGUGGUCGCCUGCUGAAGCACGACCCGACGCUGGCAAGCGAAUGGGUGCCGGAGUCAAGACCUCCUUCGGUGAGUGACAGAGCACGGGUAACGGGAGGCACAUGCACUGCACUGCACUGCACUGCCUGUGUCUGUACCUUUUUCUUGUGGGCUGGUUUUCAUUCAGGAAGAGGAUUUCCUUGAUUUCGAGGCUGAGCCUUGUGACUAUACCGGUCCGCCCUCAGAGGUCGGUAACAACGCCGUCCACCAUCUCGUCGGCACCAAUUGCUUCUCGCGAGACUUCGUGGUCAAGUACCUCGACAUGCUCACGGCCAUCGACCCAUCCAUCCUCACCGACUGCAAUGAAGCCGGCGUGACGCCGCUGCAAGUGAGGCGUCGCUCUCAAACACAUAGGGAUGCACUGACACGCAUUAAGCACAACAGGAAUGGCCUGUGUGCAGGUUGCGGCUUGGCAGGGGUACGAGUAUUCACGGAGCCCCAACAUCCACGCCAUCGAGCACAUCUGCCGGCAGGUCGAGCCAGCGCAUGUCGAGCACGACGGUGAUCAUGGUAUCGCACUCGUGUGGGCCGUCAAGACGCUCACCGGCCGGGAAGCAUCGCAGCCCAGUGUGCGGGACGAGGGCCUCAUCAACGAGUGGAGGCAGGCCGUCAGGACCCUGCUGCGGUGGGGCACAGCUGCGGCCCAGCUCCAGCAUCUCGCCGGACAGUAUGACAUCGAGCCACAGCACCUCGAGCUCGUUGAUCGCGAGUACACCGCUGUGCUCAAUGAGCUGCUCCAGGAGGUGAUGGCCGUCGCCAGUGGAGCCCUGCAGCCGAACAUGGAGCCGGCGGCACAAGGCAUCAAGGAGAGGAUCAACCUGACCGACAAGACCACAUUCGGCAAGCGCAUCCACAUGGCCAUGCAGCACUUCUUGACGAGUGCCGCCGCCACCAAGACGGCCAGCCACUGCAGCGAGGUGAUGGGAGAGCCCCCCAGCCACGACGAGCAGGAGCAGGAGCAGGAGAGGAAGCGCGCCAAGGUCUCCGUCCCUUCGCGGCAGUGCUUCGUGGUGCGCGGCGUCAACUCCCGGCGGUUGGGUCUGCAUGAGGUGGUGCACAGGGCGAUAGUGGAUGAGGCGGCCGCAUGCGGCCUGAAGGGCCUCGACCAGCCCGGGGUGGGGGAGUGACAUACAGAUAGGGCUGGGCACACUCAAAGGGCUGCAUCCAUCCAUCCAUCCAUGCACCCGUGUUUCUUUUUGUGUUGCAGGGCGACGCCCUCUGCCAGUUUGCGUUGCCGGAGUUGGGGUACCUCGACAAGCACGGCAGGUUCCAGUCGCUGCAGAUCGAGUAGAAGAAUGACAGACUCUCGUGUGUAGCGUGCUUAGUAGGGAGAUGGUCAAUCGCUUUUGGUCGGCGGCCGCACUUUUGCGAUACGGGCACACACAGCGGUUGCGAGCGUCGCCUUUUCCGCCACACUAGCUCGUCAGAUGGCUCGCAGCGGGAAUCUCCUCUCCUCGUCGUUACCAACCUCUGUUUUCCCUUGGUCAGCCGCCAAGGCGGAGCGGAGGUUGGUGAUGCAGGCGGGGUGGGGGUCUCAGCUUUGGCCGGGAUGGUUAUAGCCUGGCGAUACGAUCGGUUGUGUAUCUGUAGAUGUGUGUGUGUAUGUGCAAUGACUGAUGAGUGGGAAAUAUAACCGAUGUCCUGUCUGCGUGGCGUCUGA